CGGCGCAUCGAAAUAUAAAUUCUUCCUCCUCCAUUGGUUUGGGAAGCAAAUUAAGUCUCCAUUUGCCUUUGCAUUUCGUUAGGGAAUCAUUUAGAGGACGCCGUUGUUAAGGAUGAAUACUUUGUCUCGGAAUUCCUACGGUGGCCUGCAUCUGCAUGGACGGCAGAAGAAGAAUAAUGGCACCCCACAACAAUGCCGCCGGUGGAAGAAGUCUCCUAUGAUAUUGUCAAAGAGACGCGGAAUUUUAACAUCGUCGGGAAUCAAGCAAGGGAUCAUGAGAAGAAAGACGAAAAAAAUAAAGGGGUGCAUAAGGCAGCUAAAAGCCGAGAUGGAAGAGAUUAGCAAAGAGCAGGAAGCAUAAGGCAGGGCCAAAAGGAAGUGCGGGAAAAAUUUGAAGCAAUUGAAUCUGAAUGCCAGCAACUUCGCAACGACACUCGCCUCGUGGCUCAACAGAGCGUAAUCACCAAACUUCGCCUGGCCCUCAUGUUUCAGAUUCUCAAAGCACGACACAACAAUGACCUUGUCACAGCAACUCAUCUUACCAGGAUUUUGCGGUAUAUAUUCUAUAUUUCUUUUUUAAGAAAAAAAAUACUUAUUU